AUGAUCACCGAUAAAGCCGAUGAGCAUAAUGCCCAAAAUAUAAAGUCCUUGGAUGAGGUCAUUUAUCCGGAAAUUGAGCCGGGCAUUAUCAGCAAACAUAUGAUUGAGAAGGCGUAUCUAGAGGACUUUUAUAAGGGUGAAGCGGCUCGUUUGCAUCAAAUUGAGCCCAUCGUUUACGAUCGCAUCACUUCUAUACGUAUGGAUUUCAAAAAUAUACUACGCAUUGAUCAUUUAUGGAUACUGCCUAACUUGACUAAAUUGGUUUUGAGCUGCAAUAAAAUUGAAUUAAUUGAGAAUAUUGAAAUGUUAACGAAUUUAAAAGAGUUGGAUUUGAGUUUUAAUUAUAUAGAGAAAAUUCAAAAUUUAGAAAAGCUUGUCCACCUGGAAGUCUUAUCUCUAUUCAAUAAUUUAAUAACAAAAAUUGAAAAUUUAGAGAGCCAAGAAAAAUUGAUUAUCCUAAGUAUUGGCAACAAUCGCAUAUAUAGUACAGACGGGAUCGAACGUUUUCGCUUUUUACCGCAUCUAAAAGUUCUCAAUCUCGAAGGGAAUCCCGUAACCGAAAGACUUGAUUUCAAUAUAUCCGAAUAUGUGGCCGCCGUUUUACCCAACGUCCAAUACUAUGAUUAUAUGUCCAUUAAAGAGGAAGACCGCUUAAAAGCUAAAGAAACUUUUGCACGAGAGUUGCGUGAAAUUGAAACAAAUGAAGAAAUGGAAAUAUUGGAACGAGCUCAGAGAGCUAAAAAGGAACGUGAUGCGGAACGCUUAUCUUCCAGUUUCGUAGAACAUUUAAAUGAGAACCAACUAUUCGAAACGUUGUGGAAAGGAGACGAAGAUGCCCACAUUCUAAUGAUGGUUGGCGUGGCUGCUGAAGACUUGGCCGAUGAAUAUGGUAAAGACAUAUUUGCGAUCACUCAAGAACUCUACAAAUUGGGUCUGGAAAAAUUCGAAGAACGUCAAAUGGAGAUAGACGAGUUUAUGACUAAUUUAGAGGAGGGGCAUUUAGAAGUGCAAAAAAUGGGUCAACAAAUUCUUGAGGAAUUCAUACAAUACAAGGAGAAAGCGUUCGAGCAAGCUGGCGCUAUUCAUAAAUGGAUAGAGACACGUGCCCUGCGUGGCGAGGAAGAUGAGACCGAAGAAAAUCAAUUGUUUAACGAUAAAUUAGACAAAAUCACCUUUGAUUUCGAUAAUAUGGUUAAUAAUGUCUGGCAGCAAUUAAUGAGCCAAGAGUUGCACUUGCAUGAGACAACCGAAGAGACCACAAUUCAUUUUCAACGUAGAAUGCAAGAAAUGAUUGGCAAAUUUAUUGAACAGGCCCAAACAUUUUUUGGCCAACUUCGUGAUCUAGCCAUACAUUUUUCGGAGAAUUUGUACGAAAUAGUUUCACGUUACAUUGGCACCAAAUUAGCUCUGCAAGAUUUCGAAGAUGUUCCACCACCGCUUAGAAUAUGCAUGGAAGACCGUGAAGCCAUCGGUAACUUAAUCGCCGGCAUGAAAGAUAUUCAGACGCAGCGCAUUGAUGAACGUGAAGAUCGUUUAAUGAAUCGUAGCAAAGAAUUUGUUGAUAACAUGAUCGAUAAACUCAACGACGAUGAAUUGAAAAGAAAUCGAGCCAAAAUACUUGAAAUUAAUACGUUUCUGGAUUUAAUGAGUGAAAACUUGCAGAAUCUCGGCAUGGAAAUUAAAGAAGAGCUUAUGAAAGAAGAGGGAAUGAUUUAA